GUUCCAACACCAGCGGCUCGCGGGGCUUCUACUUCAACACAGUCCUGUCACUGGCCCGCUCCCUAGCCGUGCAGAGACCGGCAUCCUUGGAGAAGACAGGAGAUGCCAACACAGUCUCAAGUGUCCACCUGAUACAAGUAGCUCACUCUUCAUCAGCAUCUUUCUCCAACCCAUUGUGCAGUCCCUUCUGUGUCUGAUGAGUUGUCUUCGAGAAUGACUCCUAUCCUGGGCCAACAGAAGGUUUGGGGACCAUGACCGCCGGGAUUCCUCUAAUCUCAGUCAGACCAUUAAGUCUGGUCUUUUUAGGAGAAUUUGGGGUCUGCAUCCCACUGAUCUCCUGCUCCCUCAGGGGUUCUCUGUUGAAGAAUCACAUAAUUUUAUCAAUUGAUGCCGAAAAGGCAUUUGACAAAGUUCAACACCCAUUCAUGAUAAAAGCUCUCAGCAAAAUAGGAAUAGAAGGAAAAUUCCUCAACAUAAUAAAGGGCAUUUAUACAAAGCCAACAGCCAACAUCACCCUAAAUGGAGAGAGCCUGAAAGCAUUCCCCUUGAAAUCAGGAACCAGACAAGGAUGCCCUUUAUCACCACUCUUAUUCAACAUCGUGCUAGAGGUCCUACCCAGAGCAAUUAGGCUAGAUAAAGAAAUAAAGAACAUCCAGAUUGGCAAGGAAGAAGUAAAAUUAUCUCAGUUUGCAGAUGACAUGAUCUUAUACACAGAAAACCCUGAGGAGUCCUCAAGAAAACUGUCAAAACUAAUAGAAGAGUUCAGCAGAGUAUCGGGAUACAAACAUACAAAAAAUCAGUUGGAUUCCUCUACACCAACAAAAAGAACAUCGAAGAGGAAAUCACCAAAUCGAUGCCAUUUACAGUAGCCCCCAAGAAGAUAAAAUACUUAGGAAUAAAUCUUACCAGAGAUGUAAAAGACUUAUACAAAGAAAACUACAAUACUCUCCUUUAAGAAACCAAAAGAGAGCUACAUAAGUAGAAAAACAUACCUUGCUCAUGGAUAGGAAGACUUAACAUUAUAAAAAUGUCUAUUCUACCAAAAGCGAUCUAUACAUUGAAUGCAAUUCCGAUCCAAAUUCCAACGACAUUCUUUAGUGAGAUGGAGAAACAAAUCACCAACUUCAUAUGGCAGGAAAAGAGGCCCUGGAUAAGUAAAGCAUUACUGAAAAAGAAGAGCAAAGUGGGAGGCCUUAUUCUACCUGAUUUUAGAACCGAUUAUACUACACUGCCACAGUAGUCAAAACAGCCUGGUACUGGUACAACAACAGACACAUAGACUAAUGGAACAGAAUUGAGAAUCCAGAUAUAAAUCCGUCCACGUAUGAGCAGUUGAUAUUUGACAAAGGUCCCAAAACAGUUAAAUGGGGGAAAAGACAGCCUUUUUAACAAAUGGUGCUGGCAUAACUGGAUUUCCAUCUGCAAAAAAAUGAAACAAGACCCAUACCUCACUCCAUGCGCAAAAACUAACUCAAAAUGGAUCAAAGACCUAAAUACAAAAUCUAAAACAAUGAAGAUCAUGGAAAAAAAAAUAGGGACAACGUUAGGAGCCCAAUACAUGGCAUAAACAGUAUACAGAACAUUACUAACAAUGCAGAAGAAAAACUAGAUAACUGAGAAAAUAACUAAAAAUCAAACACCUGUGCUCAUCUCAAGACUUCACCAAAAGAGUAAAAAGAUUACCUACAGAAACUGGGAAAAAGUUUUUAGCUAUGACAUUUCCAAUUAGCGUCUGAUCUCUAAAAUCUACAUGAGACUGCAAAAACUCAACUGCAAGAAGACAACCCAAUUAAAAAAUGGACAAAAGAUAUGAACAGACACUUCACUAAAGAAGGCAUUCAGGUAGCUAACAGAUAUAUGAGGAAAUGGUCACGAUCAUUAGCCAUUAGACAAAUGCAGAUCAAAACUACAAUGAGAUUUCAUCUCACUCCAACAAGGUUGGCAUUAAUCCAAAAAACACAAAACAAUAAAUGUUGGAGAGGCUGUGGAGAAAUUGGAACACUUAUACACUGCUGGGGGAAUGUCAAAUGGUACAACCACUUUGGAAAUCGAUUUGGCGCUUCCUUAAAAAGCUAGAAAUGGAACUACCAUAGGAUCCAGCAAUCCCACUCCUUGGAAUAUAUCCUAGAGAAGUAAGAGCCUUUACACGAACAGAUACAUGCACACCCGUGUUCAUUUCAGCACUGUUUAUAAUAGCAAAAAGAUGGAAGCAACCAAGGCGCCCAUCAGCGGAUGAAUGGAUAAAUAAAUUAUGGUAUGUUCACAGAAUGGAAUACUACACAUCGAUAAAGAACAGUGAUGAAUCUGUGAAACAUUUCAUAACAUGGAGGAAUCUGGAAGGCAUUAUGCUGAGUGAAAUUAGUUGCAAAAGGACAAAUAUUGUAUAAGACCACUAUUAUAAGAACUCAAGAAAUAGUUUAAACAGAGAAGGAAAUAUUCUUUGAUGGUUACGAGAGGGGGACGGAGGGAGGGUAGGAGAGGGGUAUUCACUAAUUAGAUAGUAGAUAAGAACUACUUUAGGUGACGGAAAGACAACACACAAUACAGGCGAGAUCAGUACAACUUGACUAAACCAAAAGCAAAGAAGUUUCCGGAAAAAACUGAAUGCUUCGAAGGCCAGCGUAGCAAGGGUGGGGGUUUGGGGGCCAUGGUUUCAGGGGACAUCUAAGUCAAUUGGCAUAAUAAAAUCUAUUAAGAAAACAUUCUGCAUCCCACCUUGGAGAGAGGCGUCUGCAAGUGGCAAUUUAAGAUGCAUCAAUUGGUCUCAACCCACCUGGACCAAAGGAGGAUGAAGAACACCAAGGACACAAGGUCCAAAAGCUGCUUUGCAUGUGCCCAGUGGAUUUCCAUGGGAUCUUCCAACUAGAUGAAAGGCGGAGAGAUGCGGUUAUUGCACUGGGUGUUUUUCUCAUUGAGUCCGAUCUGCAGCACAAAGAUUCCAUUGUUCCUUACCUUCUUCGGCUUCUUAAAGGUCUUCCCAAAGUGUACUGGGUAGAAGAAAGCACAGCUCGGAAAGGCAGAGGUGCCCUCCCAGUUGCAGAGAACUUCAGCUUCUGCUUGGUGACUUUGCUGUCUGAUGUGGCGUAUAGGGACCCUUCCCUCAGAGAUGAGAUUUUAGAGGCACUUUUGCAGGUUUUGCAUGUCCUUUUGGGAAUGUGUCAGACUUUGGAGAUUCAAGAAAAAGAAUACCUUUGCAAAUAUGCACUCCCAUGCCUGAUAGGAAUCUCACGAGCAUUUGGGCGUUACAGCAACACGGAGGAGUCUCUCCUCUCGAAGCUCUUUCCCAGAGUCCCUCCACAUUCCCUCCGAGUCCCAGAGGAGCUCGAAGGCAUUCGGAGGCGUUCCUUCAAUGACUUCCGCUCCAUCCUCCCCAGCAAUUUGCUGACAGUCUGUCAGGAGGGUACCCUGAAGAGGAAGACCAGCAGUGUGUCCAGCAUUUCUCAGGUCAGCCCAGAACGUGGGAUGCCGCCUCCCAGCUCACCUGGAGGAUCCGCCUUUCACUACUUUGAUGCCUCGUGCUUACCUGAUGGGAAUGCCCUGGAGCCGGAUUACUACUUCUCCACCGUCAGCUCCAGCUUCUCAGUUUCCCCUCUUUUCAAUGGCAUUACCUAUAAGGAGUUUGAUAUUCCACUAGAAAUGCUUCGGGAACUUUUAAACUUGGUGAAGAAGAUCGUCGAGGACCCUGUUCUCAAGUCUUUGGAUGCAGUCGUAGCCAGUGUCACAGAGGCCAGCCCCAGUGCAGACCUCUACUACUCCACCUUCAGUGACCCGCUCUACGUGGCCGUGUUCAAGAUGCUGCGGGACACUCUGUACUACAUGAAGGACCUCCCAACCUCCUUUGUGAAGGAGAUCCAUGAUUUUGUGCUGGAGCAGUUCAACACGAGCCAGGGGGAGCUCCAGAAGAUUCUGCAUGAUGCUGACCGGAUCCACAGCGAGCUCAGCCCGCUCAAGCUGCGCUGCCAGGCCAAUGCUGCCUGCGUGGACCUCAUGGUGUGGGCUGUGAAGGACGAGCAGGGUGCAGAAAAUCUCUGUAUCAAGCUGUCGGAGAAGCUGCAGUCCAAGACCUCCAGCAAAGUCAUCAUUGCUCACUUGCCAUUGCUGAUCUGCUGUUUGCAGGGCUUGGGCCGCCUGUGCGAGAGGUUCCCUGUGGUGGUGCACUCAGUGACGCCGUCUCUGCGAGACUUUCUGGUCAUCCCAUCCCCGGUGCUGGUGAAGCUCUACAAGUACCACAGUCAGUACCACACAGUUGCUGGCAAUGAUAUAAAAAUCAGUGUAACCAAUGAGCAUUCCGAGUCAACCCUGAAUGUUAUGUCGGGAAAGAAGAGCCAGCCUUCCAUGUACGAGCAGCUUCGAGACAUCGCCAUCGACAACAUCUGCAGGUGCCUAAAAGCCGGCCUGACAGUGGACCCGGUGAUCGUGGAGGCCUUCCUGGCCAGUCUGUCCAACAGGCUCUACAUCUCUCAGGAAAGCGACAAGGAUGCUCACCUGAUUCCCGACCACACGAUCCGGGCCUUAGGACACAUUGCGGUGGCCCUGAGGGACACUCCCAAGGUCAUGGAGCCAAUUCUGCAGAUCCUGCAGCAGAAAUUCUGCCAACCCCCGUCCCCUCUCGACGUGCUCAUCAUCGACCAGCUGGGCUGCCUGGUUAUCACCGGAAAUCAAUACAUCUAUCAGGAGGUGUGGAAUCUCUUCCAGCAGAUCAGUGUGAAGGCCAGCUCUGUCGUGUACUCAGCCACUAAGGACUACAAGGAUCACGGCUACAGGCACUGCUCCUUGGCUGUGAUCAAUGCGCUGGCCAACAUUGCGGCCAACAUCCAGGAUGAACACCUCGUGGAUGAGCUGCUGAUGAACCUGCUGGAGCUGUUUGUGCAGCUGGGGCUGGAAGGGAAGAGGGCCAGCGAGAGGGCCAGUGAGAAAGGCCCUGCCUUGAAGGCCUCCAGCAGCGCGGGGAACUUGGGAGUGCUCAUUCCUGUAAUAGCUGUGCUCACCCGCCGCCUGCCGCCCAUCAAGGAAGCGAAGCCACGGCUGCAGAAGCUCUUCCGAGACUUCUGGCUCUACUCCGUCCUGAUGGGGUUCGCUGUGGAGGGCUCAGGGCUCUGGCCAGAGGAGUGGUACGAGGGCGUCUGUGAGAUAGCCACCAAGUCUCCCCUGCUCACCUUCCCCAGCAAGGAGCCACUGCGCUCUGUCCUACAGUACAACUCGGCGAUGAAGAACGACACAGUUACCCCGGCUGAGCUGAGCGAGCUUCGCAGCACCAUCAUCAACCUGCUGGACCCUCCUCCCGAAGUGUCCGCCCUCAUCAACAAGCUGGACUUCGCCAUGUCCACCUAUCUCCUAUCUGUUUACCGACUGGAAUAUAUGAGGGUGCUGCGUUCAACAGACCCUGAUCGCUUCCAGGUGAUGUUCUGCUACUUUGAGGAUAAGGCUAUUCAGAAAGACAAAUCAGGGAUGAUGCAGUGUGUGAUUGCCGUCGCCGACAAAGUGUUUGACGCCUUCCUGAACAUGAUGGCAGAGAAAGCCAAGACCAAGGAGAACGAAGAGGAGUUGGAGCGGCACGCACAGUUCCUGCUGGUGAACUUCAACCACAUCCACAAGAGAAUAAGGAGGGUGGCUGACAAGUAUCUGUCUGGCCUGGUGGAUAAGUUCCCUCACCUACUCUGGAGCGGGACAGUGCUGAAGACCAUGCUGGACAUCCUGCAGACCCUGUCGCUUUCACUGAGUGCUGAUAUUCACAAGGACCAGCCGUACUAUGACAUCCCUGACGCCCCCUACAGGAUCACGGUUCCCGACACGUAUGAGGCCCGAGAGAGCAUCGUGAAGGACUUUGCUGCACGCUGUGGCAUGAUUCUACAAGAGGCAAUGAAGUGGGCACCGACGGUCACCAAGUCCCACCUGCAGGAAUACCUGAACAAACAUCAGAACUGGGUGUCAGGACUGUCCCAGCACACGGGGCUGGCCAUGGCCACUGAGAGCAUCCUCCACUUUGCUGGCUACAACAAGCAGAACACAACUCUCGGGGCAACUCAGCUAACUGAGCGUCCAGCCUGUGUGAAGAAAGACUACUCCAACUUCAUGGCAUCCCUGAAUCUGCGCAACCGCUAUGCUGGAGAGGUCUAUGGAAUGAUCCGGUUCUCAGACGCCACAGGCCAUAUAUCCGACCUGAACCGAAUGAUGGUCCAGGAGCUGAACACAGCGUUGGACCUCAGCAGCCCUCAGAACUACACACAGGCCAUGUUCAAGCUGACUGCCAUGCUCAUCAGCAGCAGAGAUUGUGACCCUCAACUCCUGCAUCACCUGUGCUGGGGCCCCCUCCGGAUGUUCAAUGAGCACGGCAUGGAGACAGCUCUGGCUUGCUGGGAGUGGCUGCUGGCCGGCAAGAACGGCGUGGAAGUGCCGUUCAUGCGGGAGAUGGCAGGGGCCUGGCAGAUGACAGUGGAGCAGAAGUUCGGCCUGUUUUCUGCGGAGGUUAAGGAAGCAGACCCUCUGGCAGCGUCAGAAGCAAGUCAGCCAAAACCCUGCCCCCCUGAAGUGACGCCCCACUACAUCUGGAUCGACUUUCUGGUGCAGAGGUUUGAGAUCGCCAAGUACUGCAGCUCCGACCAAGUGGAGAUCUUUUCCAGCCUCCUGCAGCGUUCCAUGUCCCUGAACAUCGGUGGAGCCAAAGGGAGCAUGAAUCGCCACGUGGCAGCCAUUGGGCCCCGCUUCAAGCUGCUGACCCUGGGGCUGGCUCUCCUACACGCCGAUGUGGUCCCCAACGCGACCAUUCGCAACGUCCUCCGGGAGAAGAUCUACUCGACCGCCUUUGACUACUUCAGUUGUCCCCCCAAGUUCCCAACUCAAGGAGAGAAGAGGCUGCGUGAAGACAUCAGCAUCAUGAUUAAGUUUUGGAUGGCCAUGUUCUCAGAUAAGAAGUACCUCACUGCCAGCCAGCUCGUUCCUCCAGAUAACCAAGACACGCGGAGCAACCUGGACAUAACGGUUGGCUCUCGACAGCAGGCCACGCAAGGCUGGAUCAACACGUACCCGUUGUCCAGUGGCAUGUCCACCAUCUCCAAGAAGUCAGGGAUGUCUAAGAAGACCAACCGGGGCUCCCAGCUGCACAAGUACUACAUGAAGCGCAGGACGCUGCUGCUGUCUCUGCUGGCCACCGAGAUUGAGCGCCUCAUCACGUGGUACAACCCAUUGUCAGCCCCAGAGCUGGAGCUGGACCAGGCAGGGGAGAACAGCGUGGCCAACUGGAGGUCCAAAUACAUCAGCCUGAGUGAGAAGCAGUGGAAGGACAACGUGAACCUCGCCUGGAGCAUCUCUCCUUACCUGGCCGUGCAGCUGCCAGCCAGGUUUAAGAAUACGGAAGCCAUCGGUAACGAGGUGACCCGUCUGGUACGCUUGGACCCAGGAGCCGUUAGUGAUAUCCCUGAAGCGAUCAAGUUCCUGGUCACCUGGCACACCAUCGAUGCUGACGCACCUGAGCUUAGCCACGUGCUCUGCUGGGCGCCCACGGACCCGCCCACCGGCCUCUCCUACUUCUCCAGCAUGUACCCACCGCACCCGCUCACCGCGCAGUAUGGGGUCAAGGUCCUGCGGUCGUUCCCUCCGGACGCCAUCCUGUUCUACAUCCCGCAGAUUGUGCAGGCCCUCAGGUACGACAAGAUGGGCUACGUGCGGGAGUACAUCCUGUGGGCAGCGUCCAAAUCCCAGCUGCUGGCCCACCAGUUCAUCUGGAACAUGAAAACUAACAUUUAUCUAGAUGAAGAGGGGCACCAGAAGGACCCCGACAUUGGCGACCUGCUCGAGCAGUUGGUGGAGGAGAUCACAGGCUCCUUGUCUGGCCCGGCCAAGGACUUCUACCAGCGGGAAUUCGACUUCUUCAACAAGAUCACCAAUGUAUCGGCCAUCAUCAAGCCCUACCCUAAAGGUGAUGAGAGAAAGAAGGCGUGUCUGUCCGCGCUGUCUGAGGUGAAAGUGCAGCCAGGCUGCUACCUGCCCAGCAACCCCGAGGCCAUCGUCCUGGACAUCGACUAUAAAUCUGGGACCCCCAUGCAGAGGUGCGGUGCCCCUUCUUCUGUGUCCUUGUUCUCAGGGAGUUUUUCUUUGCUUUAUCACUUCCACCACAUUCUUUUCCCACACCCCAGUGCAGCAAAGGCCCCGUACCUGGCCAAGUUCAAGGUGAAGCAUUGUGGAGUGAGUGAACUAGAGAAAGAAGGGCUGCGGUGUGGCUCUGACUCUGAUGAGAGUGGCACACAGGAGGCUGACGCCCAGAAGAUCUCCUGGCAGGCCGCCAUCUUCAAAGUUGGGGACGACUGCAGACAGGACAUGCUGGCCCUGCAGAUCAUCGACCUCUUUAAGAACAUCUUCCAGUUGGUCGGCCUGGACCUCUUUGUGUUUCCCUACCGGGUGGUGGCCACUGCCCCUGGGUGCGGGGUGAUCGAGUGCAUCCCCGACUGCACCUCAAGAGACCAGCUGGGCCGCCAGACAGACUUCGGCAUGUACGACUACUUCACACGCCAGUAUGGAGACGAGUCCACCCUGGCCUUCCAGCAGGCCCGCUACAACUUCAUCCGGAGCAUGGCCGCCUACAGCCUCCUGCUCUUCCUGCUGCAGAUCAAAGAUAGGCACAACGGCAACAUCAUGCUGGACAAGAAGGGCCACAUCAUCCACAUCGACUUUGGCUUCAUGUUUGAAAGCUCACCGGGCGGCAACCUAGGCUGGGAGCCGGACAUCAAGCUGACAGAUGAGAUGGUGAUGAUCAUGGGGGGCAAGAUGGAGGCCACGCCCUUCAAGUGGUUCAUGGAGAUGUGUGUCCGUGGCUACCUGGCCGUGAGGCCCUACAUGGAUUCAGUUGUCUCUCUAGUCACCCUCAUGUUGGACACGGGCCUGCCCUGUUUCCGAGGCCAGACAAUCAAGCUCUUGAAGCACAGAUUCAGUCCCAACAUGACAGAGCGAGAGGCUGCAAAUUUCAUCAUGAAGAUCAUUCAGAACUGCUUCCUCAGCAACAGGAGCCGGACCUACGACAUAAUCCAGUACUAUCAGAACGACAUCCCUUACUGAGCACAGCGCCAUCUGCCUUCCUGCACGCUGCAGCCAGUGCACUCCGGGUAGCUCUGUAUGUGCGUGUAUGUUCCUGCAGCCCUUCCCACAGCCAUGAGCCUUGGUGGCCUCUUGGACAAGCCUUCCAAUUCCGGACUGCUGCAUAGCUGUGUGUGUGUGUGCAUGUAUGUUCCUGCAGCCAUAAGCUGUGUUGCCUCUUGGACAAGCCUUCCAACACUGGGCUGCUGCACAGGAGACGCAUGCCUGAUGGGCAGGGCCAUAGGUGCACUGCAGGAAGCCUGCCUCGACCCAGUGGAUUUUACAGGAGGAGAACCAUACCUUCGGAACUUGGCAGUCUGGUCUCCCCUUAUGUAUGACACUUGUAGCAUUGCUUUUGUGACGUUGUAGAAAUGACAAUUACCUGACAGCGCUGUCUGUGCGGUGGUGUGAAUACUUUGUUUGCACUGGACACAUUCCUACCUGUCUUAUUUUAUAGGUACCUGAAGUAUUUUUGUGCGUGUGUAAAAGAACAGAAAAAUUAUAUCCAACUUGGACAAAAUAAAAACUCCAAAAAGUUC